AAGGAAGAGGAAAAAGAAGAAGGGGGAAGGAGGAGGAGGAAAAUACGAGGUCUUCUGUCAUUAUCUGUAACAGUUUUCUUUAAAACAGUAAACACAAUUUGUACCUACUAACUAAUACCUCCAAAGUUGUUACAUAUAGAGAUAGCGGAUUGACAGGUAGAAAUCUUUCAGCACUUGUCAUCGGUCAAAAGUGACGAGCUAGUAUGGACUCCUGGGUUCGCUUUACCGCCCAUAGCCAAGCCAAGGAGAGAGUUAUUAGAAAACACCUGCUCACAUGGCACUGAUGAGGCUGCUGUGUAUAAAAUUUGUAGGGACAGCUGGAAGACAUUUGGGGCUGCUCAGUAUGCGUGUACACUUUUGGGAUACACUCUGCACAAGGGUAAGGCAGCAGAAGAAAUCCAAAGAACUGUCAGCCAGCUGGAAGCACACAUGAGCCUGACGAGAAAACUGUUGCGUCUUGGAAACUCUGUGGAUGCGCUGGAGGCUGCCAAGAGGGCUAUCCAUCUUUCUGACAGUGUGCUAAGGCUUUGCCUGACCAUCAGUCACCUCAACAGAGCCAUGUACUUUGCCUGCGACAAUGUGGUGUGGGCAGGAAAAGCAGGCCUCAUUUCCAAACUGGACCAGCACAAAUGGAGUCAGAGGUCUUUUAGGUACUACCUAUUUGCGCUGAUCCUUAACCUGACUCGAGAUGUGUACGAGCUCUGCCUCCUCAUUGAGAGUGAAGCAAAUCGCAGAACCCCCAAAUCCCCAUCCUCACCCUGCCCCAGCAGCAACCUGCCUGCCAAUCACCCCUCCUCCCCUUAUUCAACUGCCACUGUGGCUCUGCCUUCCAUGUGGGACCGGCUUUGCAGACAGCUUCAUCUGAUGGUUACAGUGCUGCAUAGCAACCCACCUUUACUGGUGGACAUGCUGAAGAACAGCUGUGAUAUAUUUAUCCCACUAGACCGAUUGGGGAUUUAUCCUACAGGGCCAGGUUUUGUAGGUGCCUGUGGCCUUGCUUCUUCUGUUCUCUCCAUCUUCACCAUUGUCCAGCCAUGGCUGAAACUCAAGCCAUGAUGCUGGAGUCACAUGGAGGACUGAGUGGAAUAUCUAACAGGGUUAAUGCAGUGCUAUGACAUAACGUUUGAAAGGUUAGGUUAGGGCUUUCAAAUCCUUCAACACAGCUUGUGGCUAAUUACUUGACCUGCAUGUCUGAACUAACCAGUUUCUGUAAUGCUUAAAAGUCAAAGAUCCUCUUCACUGUCUUCUCAUACUAGCAUAAAGCUAGUUUUUAUUCAUGACCAUUCAUGCGAUAGUCCUGCUUCUACUUUACUUAAUUUGCAUUGCAACUGCACAGCCUAUUCACAGGCCUCAAAAUAGUGAUUGGCAACAUUAAGAAAAUUUAGCAGAACCUUCAUAUUCCAUUCAUUUGACCUAGUGAAUUACUGACAUGUCAGAGCCCAAAGAGAUGAAUGAAGGAAUACACUGCAUUUCUUUGAAAGAGUUUGACAUUGAUCCUAAAGGGCUGUAAAAUUCAGGCACCUGACAUAACCCUGCUGUGGUUGUCACACAAAUGACCUAGUCUAAAGAAUUGGAGUAAAAACAAAAAUCCUUAAAUGCAAAUAAUAAAAUGACUACCGUUUUCUAAA